CGGGAGAGGAGGCGGCCCUGCCAGUUCCGAUUGCGCUGCGUUUCCCUAACGGCGGAUCCGAGCGACCAGGAGUCACUGGAGCCCGAGGUCGGGUCCAGGCCGCGACUCCGCCACCGAUGCCAGGCUCCCAAGGGCCGGUAAUCCAAAAGACACAUGAAGAGUCGAAGUGACCGCUGACUUUAUAAAUACAGUACUACAUUUUGUUGUUGGGUUUGGUCAAGUUUGUGGUCAAUUGUUGCAGCUGUGACCAUGUCAGUGGAUAUGAAUAGCCAGAGUUCUGACAGUAAUGAUGACUAUAAUGGAGACUCUGAGGAGGAAGACCAGGGCGAUAUGAGUGCCUAUUACGAGGGAGUAGAGUGUGAUGUGGAGCAGCAAGGUGCGGAUGCCUUUGAUCCAGAGGAAUAUCAGUUCACAUGUCUGUCGUACAAAGAGUCAGAGAAUGUGCUAAAUGAACAAGUCGAUACCAUGGCAGAUGCUUUAAAGGUUCAACCAUCUGUAGCAAAGCUUAUUUUAGUUAACUUUCAUUGGAAAACCUCUGAUAUUUCAGAAAGGCACAAAUCUAACCCAACUCAGCUUCUGGUAGAGGCCAGAGUUCAGCCGAAAACAGCAAAAAAUACGUUCAUCCAUUCUUCUCAUCAUUGUGGUGUAUGCCUGCAGUCAGUUCGAAAGGAGAAUUUAUUGUCCUUGCCCUGUCACCAUCCAUUCUGCCGCAGUUGUUGGGAGCAACAUAGCACUGUACUGGUAAAAGAUGGCAUCGGAGUGGGUAUAUCCUGUAUGGCGCAAGAUUGCUUGCUUCGAACGCCUGAGGACUUUGCUUUUCCUUUGAUUUCUAAUGAAGAACUGCGAGAAAAAUACAGGCGCUACCUCUUCAGAGAUUAUGUAGAGAGCCAUUAUCAGCUGCAGCUGUGUCCUGGUGCUGAUUGUCCAAUGGUGAUCCAGGUUCAGGAACCUAAGGCUCGGCGAGUACAGUGUAGCCGUUGUAAUGAAGUCUUCUGUUUCAAGUGCCGACAGAUGUACCACGCUCCUACUGAUUGUACCACUAUUAAAAAAUGGCUCACUAAAUGUGCUGAUGACUCUGAGACGGCAAAUUACAUCAGUGCGCAUACGAAAGAUUGUCCGAAGUGCAAUAUUUGCAUUGAGAAAAAUGGAGGGUGCAAUCACAUGCAAUGCUCAAAAUGCAAGCACGAUUUUUGCUGGAUGUGCCUGGGAGAUUGGAAGACCCAUGGAAGCGAGUACUAUGAGUGCAGUCGCUACAAGGAGAAUCCUGACAUUGUGAACCAGAGCCAGCAGGCGCAGGCCAGGGAAGCUUUGAAAAAGUACUUAUUCUACUUUGAAAGGUGGGAAAAUCACAAUAAAAGCCUGCAGCUAGAAGCACAGACGUACCAGAGGAUUCAAGAGAAAAUCCAAGAACGAGUUAUGAACAAUCUGGGGACUUGGAUCGAUUGGCAGUAUUUACAAAAUGCUGCCAAGCUGCUUGCCAAGUGUCGGUACACUUUGCAAUAUACAUAUCCAUAUGCAUACUACAUGGAAUCUGGGCCUAGGAAGAAACUGUUUGAGUACCAGCAAGCACAGCUGGAAGCAGAGAUUGAGAACUUGUCUUGGAAGGUGGAGCGAGCAGACAGUUACGACCGAGGGGAUCUAGAGAAUCAAAUGCAUAUAGCAGAACAGAGACGUAGAACACUGCUUAAGGAUUUUCAUGACACAUCAGACUAAGGAGUCCCGUGGCUGUGGUGCCACAUUACAAAAGGCGUGGCUGGGGAAGAAGACAAAAUAUUGUUUUGUUUCCUUGUGUUUUUUUAAUCUGCCGUUCCAUUGAUUUUCUUCUUUGUUUGCUGGAAUAGUCAGCAGUGCUCGUGGGUGAUACCCUUCAUGAGCUGCAAUAGUGUUAGACUUAUUUUUAGAAGAAAAAAUGUAUUUCUUUUUUUUUAAAAGAAAGAGAAAAUAAUAUGCGCUAACAUUGAAAAACGCGAUUGUUUAAAAGUUUUAAGAAACCUGGGCUUUUACAAAUGCUUUCACAGGGACUGGAAGAAUUGCAGAAGCCUCAGCUUCCCCACAGACUUUUAUGUAUACUUUCACUGGAAGAAACUAUUUGGGGCAUUCGUGGCACAACCUGAUUAUAGUGCAUACUGGCACCAGGGCACUCUGCUUAGGCGAUUGUUGGGAAAGCGCACACUGCUUCUAAAUAAGUCAUUUGGGAAUAAUUUGGCUUUCUGGUAUCUUGCAUUAAUGCGCAUACAUAGUCAGCUUUGUGUGGGAGUAACUUUUUUCGGUUUGAUUUAAGGUAGGGUGUUAAUGUUUGAAGGACGUGAUCAGUCUACAUGAGGUUCCCUAUACUGAGGGAUGCUUAUUAAUGCCUUUUGUAGAACAAGUCUCCUGCAUUUCUGGUCACGGGUUGGAGAGAGGAGAAAGCAAUAGUGAAAUGAGUGCCUGCUGUUACUACCUCUGCUAUGAACAGAAUAACAGCAGGCUUGCACUGCGUUGCAAAACAGUGAGGUUCGUGAAGAUUUAAAAGGUACAUGAAGUACCUGACUUGUAUGGCUCCUGCCCCUGCCCUGAGCAGUUUUCUGUGACCUUGUUAUUUGAUUUUCACAAAUUAUUUUUUAAAUGCUUUAUACUUUUUUUUAAAAGGAAGUGAUUUGAGCUUCUGUCCCCACUCCCAUCUUGUAAUGGUUUAGUUUACAUACUUGCUAUUGUUGAGAUGGGACUCUGGUUACACUUAAGGAUACAAAAUAAAUGAGUUUUUAUACAUUUCAAAUUUGUCAUGCUACCUCGAGUACACUCAGCACUCUGAUCUGCAAUGAUUAGACUGAAUGAAUACUUUUUUGGGGGGCUAUUUAUGAUGUGUAUUUUUUUUUAUUUCCAAAUGGUUGCAACAAGAGGUGAUAUAACUUCUGUAAUGUUUUCAACUACUUAUGCUUUCUGCAGCAUUAGAACCACUGUAUUGUUCAUUAUUAAUUAUAUAAAAGAAAGUUAUUUAAUUCCACUUGCUUGCUAUUGUCUGAAACCUUACCAAACUCCCCUCCCUUCCCUCCCACUGUGACAGGCACACUGUGCACCUGCGCUGAGCUGAAUUUCCUCCUAGUGUUUUUAUUCUUUGAGUUCUUCCUCUGGCCAAAUGCCCUGAGAAAUUAGCGUGCUCCCAGUCCUGGGUGACUGUGAUAGUCCAACUGUAUGCUGAGCUGGUACUUUGUGCCAUAGCCAAUGUCACCACAGAUUGGAUCAGCUGCUACAGGAUGCUGAUUACUCUCACUCUGAUUAUAAUUUUUCUUCUUCCUGAUGAAAUAGACUUUGAAAGUGCAGUGGCUUAAGAAUCAGACCUGUGGCUCUUCCUUUUCCCACUUUCCCCAGAGGCACAGAACUUGAGUUUAGUUGAGUUCUUUUUCCCCAUUCCGUGGUGUAUUUAGCCGGUUGAUGACACUUUAAUCUUGAGUUUGUUAAUGUGCGUGCUCAAGGCUUGCAGUGUGACUGAAGCCAUAUAUUUGAUUUUAUUGCCUUGUAGCUGCUGCCUUCUUAUCCCUAAUGUUAUUCCAAGUGACUCUGCUCACAUUGAAUAAAUCUCAUAGUUAUAUACAUUAAAGACCCUUUUUCAUCCUGAUUCUAUUUUAAUUUCAGGUUACGCACUGAAGUAGGGGAACUGUUUGUCAGUAACAAAUUUGUAACAGUGCCUAAGGUUCUGACUGAAAGUUACAUUGGCCAGCAUGGUCUUGAGCAUCUCCUGAAGGUUCCAUCAUGCACAUUCGUGCUUACAACUGUCCAACUCCACCAUUGACCAAGAUAUUUACCGCUGGCCCCCAACCCACUUGAAAGCAAACACUCUUCAUUUCUGAAUCAAUAAUUAGCUGUCAAACCUUUUCUCUUUCUUUAUUCCAAUAUACUCCACCAAAAUGGCAGAGGGGAGCCUUCAUUUUUUGAGGCGAUAAUGAUUUUUUUUUUCUGUCUGGUUUUCUGAUAGCAUCAUCUCGUAAAUUAAUCUUUAAACCUCUUGAGGCUCCAUGGCAGUUCUGGACGGUUGGCAGCCCUGCUGAAAGCUUGUUAUUUUGUGGCUAUUAAGUGGUUGCAGAUGACUUCUAUAAUCAUACCAUCCAAAAGCGAGCAUUUAAGUGGCUAUUAUUGGCUUGGUGUUUUGUCUUUUGUUGCCUGUUAACUAGAACAUAAUGCUAUAUGUUCUGUAAAAGCAUCAAAUUGCCUGUUUGUUUUCUCCAAACUGAAUUUAUUAUGUUUGGUUUAGAAAUCUACAAAUUAACACAAGCCUUUCAUCUUCAGAUACUUUUACAGAUAAACAUAUAAUAAUGGUGAAGUGAUAAAGCUGACCUGCAGGUGCAUGUUCGCCCAUCAUGUAAUCACCUGUGGAAUCAUAGAAGGUCAUUUGUUCGAUGCAUCUGUGCUGGCCUGUUGCUAGUGAUAUCCAAUUUAGACCUACUCCCUUUCCACUUCUUCACCAAAGUUUUGUAAAUGUUUUCAUUUGUUUUUUCUUAGUUUAUAUUCUCAAUUAUUUUUCCUGUAUCCUUUUGAAAGCUAAUGUUGAAUCUGCUUUCACCACCCUUUGAGCCUGCAUUUUCAUAAGUAAUGACUUUUUGAAAACAAUCCAAUGUAUACCUGUCUACCUUUUUGUUCUUUAUCUUUCUCAAGCAAAGCAUCCAUCCCUUUACUUUUAUUUUGGAAAAUCUUUGAGUAUUGUUCUUGUUGACCUGCCGAGCAAUGUGUUUGUGAGAUGAGCACAUGUUUAAUUCACUGUCUGGUCAUUGCUUGCCAUCCCUGUGUUUCUGAAUAGUUUCUGGCUCUGAGUUAAUUUCUUCCACUGAGGUAAUGUUAGACUUUUGGGAAUAUCUCCUGUUCAAAUUCAUGACCUUGAACUUUAAGUAGGAUUAACAAUGUUGUCCUCAAGACCACCUUGUAACAAUUUCUGACUUAAGUGGUCAAAAAUGAAUUUUACUGCGUGAGAUGUCAUAUGGAUGGCAUCGUUAUCCUCUGAGGUCAAGAUUGAACACUCUUGUGUUAAGCAGCAGCUACUAUCUCAAGUUUGAUGGGGUCAGAUUUGUUGAUCAGAGCUGUUGAGUUUUAUCUGUAUCUUUGGAGUAUUCACAAUCUCGGGCAUUUUCAGCAAGGACAGAUUAGCAAAUUUCUAAUAAUCCAGCACUGUCGCUAAGGGAGUAUAAUGCGGAUCAUUGUUGGAGCUGCAACAGGAGAUCAUUCCAGACCCAUCAAAUUGCAUGAAAAGUUGAGACUUCUGUCUGCGAGGUGUAAAACUGACCUAUUUUAUAUUUGAGGUUUUAUGAUUGCGUUUGAUGUUCUGUCAUUCAGUAUCCUUUUCCUAGAAUUGUGUAGUACAGAGACCAUUCAGCUCACUGUAUCUGUGCUGACCCUUUGAAAGGGUCAUCCAGGUCGUUCUCCUUUCCAUUUCCCCACUGUUCUGCAAGUUUUUCUGUAAUGUUACAUUCUCUUCCUAAUCUCGCCCUUUGCUAGCUCAGGCAUUGAAGGGAAGGUUAACUCUUAAAUUGAAAAGAAACGAGAAGCGGUUUUCUAAUCUGUCUUUGGUGUCCUCCAUUCUGAAUGUUUACUGCUUCCUGCUUAUUCGAUCAGAUUGUUAAGUAUUGGGCAUGCCGAAGAUUUAAAGAUCUGAAGAUUAUUGGAAUAAAAAUAUCACAUUUUGCAAGUAAUAUUAUAAUUCCACUAAAGAAUUCAAAUCUGCUAAUUACAAUUUUUUGAUGCGCAAUAGCCAUUGCAGCCCCUCUAAUUUUAUAUUGAUUUUAAUUCUUUUUUGAUUCCAGUAUAUUGGAACCUAAACUGUUGAAUCCAGCUUCCUUAUCCCACAGCAAAACUGUCAAGUCUAGGAAAUAAGGCCUGUCAUUUACCUGAUAUGAUGGAGAUGCUGGAUUCAGUAGUGCUUGUGCCAGAAACUUGUUCAUGAGUUUUGGACAAAUACAAAAGCGGGUUUUACUGUAGUGUCAGCUUUCCAAAAAAUUUGAAUUUGUUGUUGCUGAGUAUUUAGCAAGUUGGCGCAAAUACACUUUGGCAGGGGUGAUACAUUUAUAUUCCUUCAGAUGUAUUUCAUCACAUGUUGCGCAUCUUUUCCAAGCACAUGCCAAUAUUUGCGUGUUGGAGCACAAAGAACUUCUCGUAGUGUUUUGGACAAAAGCAAGAUUAGUUUUUAAUAAUUCUAUACUGUAGCUAUGCAGAAGGGAAUAUAAUGCAGAUCCAUGGAGUUGCUUUAAGAGCUUUUUCCUGGUUCAGCAUAUUACAUGGGCAUGUAUUUAACUCUUCAACACACUUUUGUUCUAUCACGAUUCAGUGGCCUCCAAAGGUUUAGAAACAAGCUCUAUAAAUAAAAGCAAAGUACUGCAGGUGUUGAUGAUGCGAAAUACAGACAGUGUUGGAGAAACUCAGUAGGCAAAGACAAGAGGUGAGAACUUUUUUUUAGCUCAGAGGGUGGUGGGAGCCUGAAACAGUUUGCACAAAAGGAUAGUUAAGUCAGAAACAGUCCUAAAAUUUAGUUAUUUGUGUUGUCAUAGCCUCCAGAGUUGUGGAUGAAGAUCUUGAAAAUUGGUCAGCCUUUGACCAGUGCAGACACCCUGGCUUCCUUCUGUGUUUUAGAUGUCUGAGUCUACAGUGUCCAGCUAGAUCUGUGGAGAGAGAAACAGAAUUAACAUUAAGACUCCAGUGUUACCAGUUCUUAACUUGAUAAUUGUUAAGUUGAUUACUUAUUUUCAGUUUCCCAGGUACAACAAUUUUGUUUGCACUUCCAUUUCUGUUUAACUGAUCUUUGAGUAAUGAAGUAGUCCCACUGCCUGCUUUCUGAUUAAUCUCCUCCAAUGUGUAGACCCAAACCAUGUCCAAGCCGUGAAAUGUCUUUCCAGGGAAUGAUUGCUCAUCACUUUCAUUCAUUGGUAAAUUUUGCAGAUAUAAUGUCCAGGGAAUUUUUCCUAAAUGCACUUCAGAUACACUGAAGGCAUCGGUAUUAAAAUAUUGAAAUCUCCAAUCCCUAAUCCUGAAAGUGCUGAUGCAUUUCUCUGUAGGCUGUAGCUAUGAAUUUUGCAAAGAAAAGUGAGGUGUUGUUAGCUAUUGAACUGCUCUAUUUCAAUGCAUACGCCAAGUGAUCUGUUGCCACCUACGAUAUGGGAAUGACCAUUUUCACUGGUACUGUGAAUAAAAGCAGAACUGUUGAGAGGAUAGCCAGUGAUGUUUUAGUCCUUUACAGGAAUGUGGGUGUUUUGAUUGCCCUCCUGAAUUUCCCUUAAGAUGAGUUGCUGCCUCAAGAGAGAAUCACUCGAUAUGACAUCAGUAUUGUGAUUUAGCUGCCUCUGUGCGUGUGUAUCAGUUCUGGCUCAUGUCGGUUGUGACAUCGCAGUCCCAUUCCAGCACGAUAUCUAAUACAGAACUUUCUGAAAAGAGUGUGUCCUGGCACCUGCUUUCUCUCUCUCAGAUCUAAAAGAUCUCAACGUUGACUUUGAAGAGGCUGAGGAGAAUUGAUCCCCAUGUCCUGGCUAAUGCUUGCCAUUCAAUCAGCAUUGAGCAGUAAGGACCAUCUAGCCAUUGGCACGUUGCUAUUUAUGGUGCUGGCUGUGUUUUUGACAAUAAAACAGUGAUUUACACUUUAAAAAAUAGUGCUUUUGAGAUGUCUUGAAGUUGUAAAGUUUGCUACAGAAAUGCAAGUCUGUAGUCUCCUCCACUACCUUUGCUACCCUGCCUGACUCUCAAAAAAGGUUCUGAGAUUUAUAAAUUUCCAAGCUUUCUGACUGAUUAUAGAUAUUGGUUAAUUUGCUUUUGACAGUGGGGCGAUGUGGCAGGGAGAGGCAAGAGGUUGCAAACACAUAUUUGUAUUUGCAUGAACUUUGGUUUUCAAAUAACACCUUGAAAACCAAUGUGACAGAUUAAUUCCUGAAAGUGGUGGAGAAUUUUGUUUUCCUUUUAACUUUCAUGAUUGGAGUUGCCCUCUCUCAGCAGUCUUGCUUCUUACCCUUGAUGUUAACUCGUGCAGGUCUGUAGGACUGUGUAUAUCUCAGGCAAUACUUUCUGUUCACAGGUCUGUACAUUUUUUUUUAAGAGCAAUACUUGCUGGUAUGCAAUAUUGAUGUGUUGUACCACGAAAUCCUUACCUCCUUGCCCUCUCCACUCAGUGUUCACAAGCAUAAUAGUUAUUUUGUUAUCAAUGAUUGAAGAGGGCACAAAUGGUCCUUUGCAGAUUUUUAAAAGUUUAGCUGCUAGUUUGAUACAGUUUCAACUGGAACAUGUAUAAUUUUUUUUGAGUAUUUUAACCCUUUUCAGUGGGGAUUGAGGUGAUAAAUAGUUUUGUGCUUAAAGAUUUUGCUCAUCCAAAUUAGAAUAAUAUUUGAGCCCAGGAAUCUUGCCUGCUUUGUUUGUGUGGAUUUGUUUGGCUUCUUCUCCAGAAUGUGAUUUAUUUAUUGCGAGGGGGAGUGGAUCUUGUAUUUGUCCUUGGUUUUAGUUUGUAAAGGACAGAGCCCUUUUUGGCUCUUGGAAACCAGCAUUCAGAGGAAACAAAUAUUUUUGAAGAAAACAGAUUUAUUCUUUGGCUGAUUUAACGCUAUGAUUUAACAUCAUUUUGAAAAUCCAUUGUAUUAAUAUCUAUUGCAUGACCGAGCAUAUUUGAGUAUUUUCAAGAUUAACUACUUGCAGGGAAGAAAUUGGUGGGGUUGUUGGGAAAGCGCAGAGAUGUUGGACUCACUGGGCAGCUGUACCGAAGAGCUGACAGUGGCAUGAUGGGUUAAAUGGCCGCCUUUUAUGCUGUACCUGUCGCCUUUUUCUUAAGUGUAAUCUUCGGUCCAUUUCCAAAUUUUGAAGAGUGUUGAAAGAUUCCCACUUGUCAAAUCUAUUUACUAUCCUAGAUAACCUGUUGCUUUGACUCCUGUCCCUUCUCUGCAUGUUCUCCCCCCGUUUGGGAGCGUGAGCUGAUUCAGACCUGGGAGCAAAUAUCAUCCUCACUGACAAUUGACGUUCUAUCAUGAUUUGACAGCAAUAUGGGAUAAGAUGCUUGCCCCAGUUGGGUCCUGGUGAUGUCUGCUUGUGCUCAUUUUUCAGACGUCUAUACUGUUUAAUUAAUAACUAUUUCUCUGGGGUCUCGCGUUUUGAAAAUGUCCUUGUUCACCAAUGUAUUUGAAGCAAUGAAAAGUGUGUUUACUUUUCCCGGAUGAUUAUUGUGUACAAUGAGAUAUUAAGAGGUAUGUUUGGAGCCUUGCUCUUCAGUGUGCUUUGUAGGGCUGCUUAGAUUAUUUGUUUUCUUUUUUAUAAACCUUGGAUUUUAAGUUCAUUUUUCAAUGCAUUAACUUCACAUUGCAGCAUAAGUAGUUAACAUGCACCCAGUGUAGAUUUAUAAACUUCAUUUUUUUUUAUUUUUAGCAACUACCAACUUUUAUUUUUGAAAUAUCAUUUGCACUCCUUUAUUUUUACAAUGUAGGCUUGUCUUGCUGUUAUUUUCAAGUUCACAUUUUAAUGAGAUCAAACGCCAGAGAAUUAACUCCUAAUUACUAAUUAACUUACCAAUAUUUUUUGCUGUGUGAGAAUCAACUGCUGAUUGAAUAAGGCUUGCACAGAUUUGACUCUUUCAAUGCACCCAUUUAUAUCCCCUAGACGUGUGAAGGGCGUGCUCGUAGUAUGGAAUUGACCGUCUCCUUCACACAGAGGAGAGUUAUGCAUGAACGCUGUUCUACCUUGAACUUUGUAUAGAGAACUAGAUAUUUAUGACAAGUCACAGAUGUAAUAAGUGAAGUUUACUUGAGGUUUUCACUCUUUUUAAUGUGGCUAGCUGGAGAGAAUAGCCAUGUUGUUGGUCACCUGUGUGUUUUACUGAGGCUCGCUCCACUGUUUAAAGUUUUGUUCCCACUCCAGCCUCCAGCUUGGCUUGAUUCAAGAGACUUCACCUGAACUGUCUCUGCACACACUGAUGUUUGAG